CUCAAGUGUUUGGCCCUUUGUAUUUGGCCACUCCUCUAUGACAGGCAGCGCUUUCUUAGUGGGCGAGUCUCUCAUUCCUGUCCAGACUCUACACAGCUCAGGUUUUGUGCAUUUCCAUUCAAGUCGUGAAUUCUGAGGGAAAGUUUUCACUCUUUGGAUUUUGACAGUUUCUCAUAAAGAAAUGGUGAGUGCCGACAUUAUCCACUGAAGAAUAGCAACAGGAAGUCAAUUCACUGACAUGGAUGGCAACGGAGAGAUCAGUGACACUGACAGUGGCAUCAUCCUUCAUUCAGGCUCUGACAGCCCAAUGACACAUAUGAAGGAUGUGACCACGCACACACGGGCCAUGAAGCUCAAACAUCAGGCUCUCCAAGAGCGACUGGAGAUCUGCUUACUGGAGCUGAAGAAACUCUGCAUCCGAGAAGCAGAGUUGACAGGCCGGAUGUCAGAUGAUUACCCUCUGCUGCCAAGAGAGAAGCCUCCGCAGAUUCGCAGACGAAUUGGAGCUGCGUUUAAACUGGACGAACAAAGCAUGCCUCAAGGAGCAGAGGAGUCAGAAUUGAGUUUAGUGGAUGCUGAGUUGGCCCUUCAGAUGAAGAUAUAUGAGGCAGCGCGCAAGCUCUGCGAGGAGAAUCAUACGAGUAAGGCUGUUAGAAGGAGCCGGUUACAGCAGUGCAAGAGAGAGGAGAAAAAACUGAAACGGCUACAAGAGACAGCCUUUCAGCUACGACUGGAGCACGGUCGAUCAUCACCACUCCCUGCUUUUAAUAUUGCACAACAUGAUCUGGGUACAUCUGAUGACAGCUCUCUGUCUGAUUCUGUAGUGCAAGAUGAAGAAGUGACAAGUCAGUCAUCACAUUUUUCGUCAGGACUCCCUUGUCCAGGAGAGAUUGAUUCUCCCCAGCCUGCCCCUGGAUCCUCACAGUCCUUCAUAGACGCCUCCUACAUGUCUCCAUCUGUGGCUCCAAAGACCCUGCCGCUGACCCCAAGCCCGUCUCCCCAUCCAAGCCUUGACUCUAUGCUGAGUUUAAACUCAAGCCCCGUAUGUGAGCUUCCUCCCAUCCAGCAUUCCCCGUGGUCAGAGUCUAGUCUUGACAAACCUUACCAGAAGAGCAAGAAGUCACGCUCCUCCAGCAAGACGAGCAGUCCAGCCAAAACAGAGUUGUUGCCACCGUUGGAGGCUUGCUUUGCUUCCCAUCUGAGGCUGAGCCGCACACAGUCGAACAGCACGCCUUCCACACCAGAGAUGCGGGUGCACAGACAACUCUCCCUCAGGAUAUCCAAUCCGGAAUCUUCAUUUGAAAAGGAUCGUGGUCGCACCAGAGGUCCAAGGAGGCGACUGACAGAAUAUGCAAUUACUUUACCAGAGACUCCUCCCCCCACGGUGCACUAUGGGAACCAUGUUAACUCUGAGGAUAGCAACUCCGAACACUCGUUUACAUCUUACAACAGCUCACAGUGUCAGGAAUUGCCCUGUGAUUUGCCAAAACAAUAUCAGUCUGCACUUUCGCACUCUGGCCCAGUAGGCAGCUAUGGACCUCAAGUCUUCCCACGCACUGGCUUUUACCAUAAUCCCAGGCACCAGUCCAACCAUAGUUUUCACCAAGCCUAUUACAAUGAAGGAAUGGUCUACCAACCUGAAAUGGACUUGGCACGGAGUUAUUACACCCAGCAGGCUCCAAGUCCUUCUAACAGAUAUGAGUACUACUAUAAAGAUGCCGCUGUUCCCCACCAGAGAGCACAGAGGCCUUUACCUCCUGAUAUUAGACUCUCCCCCUCCCCGGCUCAAUGGGACCAUCCACACUACCGCUCUAGUGGCCUCCCACAACAAGUGGUGAAUGAACAGCUCAAGUCAUGGCACUGGCGCAGUCAGCUCAAAUCCCCCAGGGCCCGCUCUCUCGACAGACAGGGAGCGGUCAGAGUUAAAAACAUGUCCGCUCGGGACGUGACCCUGCACCAAAAUCAGAAGUACCAUGAACAGGUCAUCCAAAGAAGGGCUCUUCAUAGAGCUGCAGAUGACGCUCAAGGGCACUGGGUUGUAGAUGAUGGUUCUCACUUUGUCAGUCAAUUGUAAACCAGCCAUAAACUGAACAUGUGGAGUCAGAGGCUGCAACUGCUUUAAUUCCCAACAAUUAACCAAAGUGAAGUGGUCAAAAACAUCAAGUCAAAUUAACUGUGUAUGCCCAUGAACAAAUACUUUUUUCAUGAUUCCUGCCUGCCCUAUUUGGACAUAUAGAAGGAGGAUGAAAAAAACGGAACAUCUUACAAUAUAAUGCAAUCUAGUAUAACAACAAAUUUACAGCCAACAAAUUUACUGUAAAGUUGAAUCAAACACCUCCCUGACACAGCCACAGUAAAGUUGGUUGCAGAGCAGUAUAUCAUAUGGAGCACACCUGUAAAGUGUACCUGUUGUUUAUGUCCACUCUCUCUGUGUUGUUUUGUACUAACAAUUACAAAAUUAAGCAUUGAACUGAAUGCUUGGUAAUUGUUACUGAGGGAUUUUUUAACCGGUGACUAAAUCUGCUGCCAGUUGGUUAUUCGGUUUCUCAAAAACAAAAUCAGCACAGGUUAUUUUGACAUGCGAUGCAAUUAUGAUAUGAUAUAAGGAAAUUAAAUUGCUAUUGACUACAAACUGGUUGGAGAUAGCAGGAGUUCUAACAAAAAUGUCCAACAAAAUUGCACAUUCUUGCAUUGUGAGAAAUGUGAAUGUUCUUUAAAAUGACCUUUCACAUGUAACAAAAAUUUAGGACAUUUUUGAAAGCAAUCUCGGAUGGAUUAUGAUUUAUUUCAAAAUAGUCACAUGUAAAGCCCUUAAGUAAACUGCUCUAGGUUCUUAAUGAUACAAUAUAGUGCUGCAUUAGAUGUGGCUAUCUGUAGCUACAAACCCUUCCCAAAAAUGCUCAUUUGUGUGGGGAUGCACUCAAGAUGGAGACAAGUUUACUUUUUGCAGUUUGGUAGAGGGGGAUUAAAGUGCUCCUUUUUACCUCGCUGUAUGAUGCAAACUCAUUGGUUGUAAAAUAAUGUAAAUGAGCAACAUUUACUUUUGAUUACAUUUUUUGAAUACUGUUGCCCUGAUUGUGUCACUAUGUUAAUGAACUUGAGCUGCUUAAAUUUAAGAUCUCAGUUUUGUCCUCUAUAUCAUGUACUUUUGGAGGCAAAUAUGUCUUGUUUUUAUAUUUGCAUUUGUUAACUUGAAUUACUAAUGGACUUAAUCAACAAGUUGAAACAAGAUAGUACUUUGCUUACAUGAGUUAUAAUUAACAAAAGCAGAAUCUUUAUGCCUGGCAGCUAGCAAUUGAUGUGUUCAGUUGAAAUUGAGAUGUCCUGAGCUUCAACAAAAAUCUUUAUCAGUGUGUCUGUGUGUGUUGGUGUCUAAGUGUUUGAGACAGCAGAUGACUGGACAUUAACUUUUUUGUUUGAACCAGUACAAUUUAAACAUUUCCAAUAUGUGAUUUACAAUCAAGUCUCCUAAACAAACCAGCUUUUGAUGGUAGGUUUUUUGAGAAUGAGAGCAAAUUGAACAAAAAAUACUGUUCUCUCUCACAGUGAUCUAUUUAUGUGUUUAUUUAUUGCGAUGUGCACCAUUGGACCCCUGGAAAGGCAGACUUGAAGUAAAAAAAGACAUUGACCUGAGUUUGCAAAAUCAGAAGAAGUAAAGACUGUGUCUAGCUGUAUAUAGAAAAAUAGAACACAAUCAUGUUACCUUGUGUGCCUCUUUUUUACUGUCUUAUUUUUUUAUUUAUCAGUUAUAGUAGUAUAGGUGGACCUAAUAAUAAUGCGUUAUGUUGCUGUUGAUAAAUCUGUGAAAAAGUUUUCCCUGUGGAAGAAAAUAAAGGGUAAUGUUUGCA